AUGGCAGUCGCACAAGACGGAAACAGCAACGUCUUCCCAAUUGCAUUCGCUCUAGUCGAGGGAGAGACCGGUGGAGGUUGGAGUUUUUUUCUCAAACAUCUUAGAACACACGUGGCUCCGCAAGAAGGUCUCUGUUUGAUCUCUGAUAGACAUGCGUCUAUUGUUAGUGCAUACAAUAACCCGGCUAAUGGUUGGCAUGACCCCCCUUCUACGCAUGUCUUCUGCAUUAGACAUAUUGUACAAAAUUUCACGCGAGAAAUUAAAGACAGGGCCCUUCGAAAAUUGGUUAUGAACGCAGGGUAUGCAUUAACUCAACCAUCUUUCAAACAUUAUCGUAGAGAGAUCAGACUGUCAAAUCCAGAUGCAGGUACUUGGAUUGAUAAUAUUCCAGUGGAGAAGUGGACAAGGUCAUACGACAAUGGACAUCGAUGGGGACACAUGACAACAAAUCUUGUCGAAUCAAUGAACGGUGUCUUCAAAGGCAUACGACACCUCCCUGUGACCGCUUUGGUAAAAUCAACAUAUUUUAGGAUGGCUUUAUUGUUUGCACAAAGGGGUGAAAGGUGGGACGCUGUGUUACGAGCUGGACAAUUGUGGAGUGAAUGUUGCACAAGAUUUAUCAAGGCAAAAGGUGCGAAGGCCAACACACAUACGGUUACAAGGUUUGACCGACAUAACCAUAAUUUCAUGGUCAGAGAGACAAUCGACCACGGCGAAGGGCUACCAAGACAAGAGUAUAGGGUUCUACUAGAAGAACGUUGGUGCGAUUGCGGCAAGUUUCAGGCAUUUCGUAUGCCUUGCUCCCAUGUCAUUGCAGCAUGUGCUCAUUCUCACUUAGAUGCAUUAGCACUCCUGUCUCCCAUUUACAAGUCUGAGACCUUGCUCCACGUAUACAACAAUGGCUUUGCAGUGGUAGCAAAAGAGGAUUAUUGGCCUGCGUACGAGGGGGAAAUUGUUUGGCACAACGACCAAAUGCGGAGAAAUAAAAAGGGUCGUCCCAAAAGCAAGCAUAUCACGACUGAAAUGGACGAGCUCGAUAAGCUAGAAAGAAAGUGUGGUUUAUGUCGCCAAGUCGGACACAAUAAAAAAAAUUGUCCUAAUCGUGCAAGUGGUUCUUAG